CUGAUCACAUGACAUGCAGCAUCCAGGCUCCUUACUUUAUUGCUGGCUUCUAGAUCAUAACAAUUUUUUCAGCCCUGUGUUCCGUUACCUCUCGAGGACAACUUACACAAGGAGUGCCAUGAUAUCCUGCCCUAAACCCUACAGGAUCCUCCUCCAUGCUUCACACCCGAGGACCUGAUGAAUAUGCAGCACUGCAACCUGCUGUGCCUGCCAGAGAACUAUCAGAUGAAAUACUACUUCUACCAUGGAUUGUCCUGGCCACAGCUGUCCUACAUCGCAGAAGAUGAAAAUGGGAAAAUUGUUGGUUAUGUCUUGGCAAAAAUGGAAGAAGAUCCAGAUGAUGUUCCCCAUGGACAUAUCACCUCCUUAGCUGUGAAGCGCUCGCACAGAAGACUGGGCCUGGCUCAGAAGUUGAUGGACCAGGCGUCCAGAGCAAUGAUUGAGAACUUCAAUGCCAAAUAUGUGUCUUUACAUGUGCGCAAAAGCAAUCGAGCGGCUCUGCAUUUGUAUUCAAACACGCUGAAUUUCCAAAUCAGUGAGGUGGAGCCCAAGUAUUAUGCUGAUGGGGAAGAUGCCUAUGCUAUGAAGCGCGAUCUCACACAGAUGGCUGAAGAGCAGCUGAGAAAACAGAUGGAGUUGAAGGAUAAAAGUCGACCACAGCCCCUGAGCUCUAUCGAGAAUAAAUCUGACAACCGAUCAGGGCAUGUAGGGGAGUGCUGCCGCGACGACAAGUGUAUAAGCAACACUGGCAAGAGGGAUGCCACCGAGGACAGCGGCGACAGCAAGGAUGUUAGUGAAGUCAGCGAGGCUACAGAGAGCACCGACGUCAAAGACAGCUCCGAAGCCUCAGACUCUGCCUCCUAAAGGAAACGUCAACAUGGCGCUCACGUUUACAUACGACGAAAAAGAAACCUUGCGUGCUCUGCUACUAUAGUAUAGUGUUAAAGGGGUACUCCGCCCCUAGACAUCUUAUCCCCUAUCCAAAGGAGCAGGACCCCCGCGAUCUCCCUGCUGCACCCGGCGUUCGUUUAAAGCAUCGGGUUCAGCGCCGGAGGCUCGUGACGUCACGGCCACGCCCCCUCAAUGCAAGUCUAUGGGAGGGGGCGUGACGUCACAAGCCUCCGCCCCGCAUCGCCAGUCAUCCGGCACGGAGCGAAGUUCAUUCUGUGCAUUGGAUGUCUGGGGUGCCGCAGCCGAGAUCGUGGGGGUCCCCAGCGGCGGCAAUGAGACAUACCCUAUCCUUUGGAUAGGGGAUAAGAUAUCUAGGGGCGGAGUACCCCUUUAAAGGGGUACUACCGUGGAAAACUUUUUUUUUUUUCUUUAAAUCAACUGGUGCCAGAAAGAUAAACAGAUUUGUAAAUCACU